CACUUCUCCUUUUUUAAAUUUCAAACAGCAGCCAUUGCCUCGCUUUUUCAGGUAGAGGGCAGGUCAGUGUUCCACACGUUCUGUACAGAACUGUGUCCCUCUGCUCUCUGGAGGCACUUCCUAACUUGGAUUAUUUUUCUAAAUUACAGUGGUAUCACUUUUUCCCCUUCAGUUUUUUGAAGUCACUUAGAUCUGUCAUGUGUUCUACUGUUAACAUGGAGUUCGACACCCAAGCCCCUUGUCUUUGAGGCAGGUGUAGAUGCUCCAGACACAGCAGGCCCCAGGAAGAGGCUGCCUCCAUCCAGGCUCAGCGCGGCUCUUCUCUCAAACAAGUGUGAAGGGGCCACUGGAGAAUCUCAAGAAGGGAAGCCAUUUUGUUGUGACCCACAGUGACUCUUCAGCAGUGACAUUGAUAUUUGAACCUUGGGUUCAGUCUGGUGGAUUUUCUGGACAGUCCCUGGAGGGGUAGGAAAACACCCUACCCAUCUGUGUCCUACCCUCUUCUUCAUCACCAUGGCAACAGCAGUGCAGCCCAAUGAGCUAGUGUUUGAGUUUGCCAGCAAUGGAAUGGAUGAGAUCAAUCAGCUGGAUGACCCGUCCGUGUUUCCAGCUGUCAUCGUAGAGCAGGUGCCCGCCACUGACCUGAUGCAGGUCUACUCGGGCAUGGAAUCGGACGAGGUGGCGAACGGCAUCAUGGUGGACACCACUCUACACGUGGUGGAGGAGCCCAUUAUGGUCGGAGACGUGGGCCUUUCAGAAACGACGGUGUCGGGCACAGAGGACAGCAUGGAGACCAACGAGGCUGCGGCAGCCCUUCUGAACAUGGAGUCACCAAACAACAUCCUGGACGAGAAGCGCAUGAUUCACACCUAUGGGACCAUGUUGGAGUCUGACUACACCUACAUCCCUCUUCGGCCGGAGGCCAAUGGCUGCAUUGAUGUAUCGCUGGACGAGGAAACAUCCUCCAUGGACGAGAUCCCUCAGAAGAGCAUGUCCAAACCACAGAGGAAAACUAAAGUACGCAAGCCGCGGGCGGUGCGUCCAUACUCCCCCAUCACCACUCCCAGCCUGCCACUCAAGAAGAAGAGCAAGGAGGGCAAAGGGAACACCAUCUACCUAUGGGAGUUCCUCCUGGCCCUGUUGCAGGACAAGAACACCUGUCCCAAGUACAUUAAGUGGACGCAGAGGGAGAAGGGCAUCUUUAAGCUGGUGGACUCAAAGGCCGUGUCCAAACUGUGGGGCAAGCACAAGAACAAACCUGACAUGAACUAUGAAACCAUGGGCAGGGCACUCAGGUAUUACUACCAGCGCGGUAUCCUGGCUAAGGUGGAGGGCCAGCGGCUGGUCUACCAGUUUAAAGAGAUGCCUCCUGACCUAGUGGUGAUCGAUGAUGAGGACACGUGCCCCGAACUCAGCGCUGGCUACGGGGGUCAGCGCCCCAGCCAUCACGGCCGGGGAAUGGGGGGCCGUGGAGGCCCCAGAGGCGGUCACGGAAAAAACCAUGCUGACGGGCGCCAUCCUAUAUCGGUAAAACAAGUGAAGAGAGAGCCCAUUGAUAUGGAUGGAAGGCUGUACCAUGAGGUCAACGGGACACAUGCAGAACAGAUGAUCCAGACGGUUCACGUGCUGCAGCCCAACCAGGGGGCGGCUGUGCCGGCCUCCUCGUACAACACGAGGAACAUCAACAUGGCUACCUCCGUUCCCAUGGUCCUGACGUCGUCCGGCCAGUUGCAGCCCCUCCUGUCCAACGGUGACUCCUCCAGUAACUCUUCCCCGCCCAGGAUCAUCCUCCACACUGUCCCCUCCACCACUGCGGGGGGCAAGGAUGUCCUCACCAUCCAGACGGCCUCCUUGGCCACCGGGACGGGCAGCCUCCAGGACCACCACCAUCAACACCAGCAACCCCAGUUUCUGGUCACCAGUCUGGGCUCCACCACUGCCACCACGGGGGUCAUCAACUCCACCACGGCUUCCCUCAAUGGUCUCCCCCGCCUAGUUACCCUCAACACGGCCACUGGUCAGCCCAUGGUGGCCCAGCAACCAGGAACAGUCAUCGCCACCGUGCUGAAGUCCUCGAGCGGUGACGAGCUCCUCCAUGGCCUGCACGGCAUCAAGGAGGAGAUGUUGGACCCUUACUACCUGCAGUCGUGGGUUAAUGGAGACCCUUCCUUUGGGAUGGAGGCAGGGGAAGCAGAGCUCACCUACAGGACUGUGAUCAUUGGGACGAAUCAAAGUCUUGGGCAGAGCCAGGGGGAGACUGGCAGCGAGUCUCCAGUGAACGGACACCUUGCCCAGGGAAGCAGCCCCAGCGAGGGCCUCACCCCUGUGGAGGAGCUGGAAGUGCGUGGGGAGAUGGCUCUGCAGCCAGAGCACAUGCUGGGGGUCAAAGGGCUCCAGGAGCUGCCGGAGAUCACCGUCAACCUCCCGGCCUCCUUCAUCCAGAUCAAGACAGAGCCCACGGAGGCCUAGUAGGACUGGACUCCCCCACCAAAGCUGGACUAUUGGAAUCAACAUAA